AUGUCUGUCCCGUGCGUCGUCUGUCUGAUGGUCCUGAUGACUUUCAGCUUGUCCUCAGCAGUUGUUGUCGUCACAGGGGUGUGUAAGAGUGACUCGGAGUGUAUGGCGGCUAAAGGACAGGGUGCGUGCUGCGCGGCCAUGAGUCCAGACCCGUUGUUCCGCGGAGUUCCCGUCUGUAAGAUGACGGGUCAGGAGAAGGAGCCGUGCCACGUCGCCUCCAACGUGCUGCCCUACCCGCUGCCCAGUCCCCGGGUGUUCUGGCGCUGUCCGUGCGGGCCCGGGCUGCACUGUGUGGCGCCCAGGGGCGGGAAAGUCGGCCGCUGCAAGAGGGAUAGCCAGGCUUUCGGCGCAGGAUUGGACGGAGAGGACCUAGUGGUUUAAAACAUUGGAACGUUCGAACCGUAGAACGCCGUCAUUCGAACGCCAACAUUCGAACGCGUUCGAACGAAUGUCUCAUAAACACAAAGUCCGUUCUUAGAGCGUGUUCGAAUGUUAGUGAAAACGACGCUAUCAUCCCUUUUGUGCAAUGACGCAGUCAGUUUUUUGUGGUCCUUACUACUACUAGCCGUGACAACUCCUGGAGGGCGCCCAAGGGUUUGCUUAUUGUCUUAUCACCCGGUACAAU